UUUGCAGCUAGGUCUGUCUGACCCCAUUUCCUCCAGUUAAGCAGAAACCAGAUCAAAAGAUGAUGGAACUUGGAAGGGAGCCUGUGGACAGAGGCUCAGGUGGAAAAGGGAGGAUGGGGGAAGAGAGGGACCCAGCACAUCAGAAAGCAGUGGGCGUAGUUGGGGGCAAAGAGCCAGGCGGAAGGCUGCAGAGGGAGCCCCAAAUAGAAACAAGACACCAGGGAUGCCAGGACAAGCCAAAAGGGAGAUGCAGAGGGCACCCGUGGCUAGACAGACUCUCCUGGUCCAGGGGCACACAUCGCAGUGACUGGUCACCCAGGGUCACCCGGGCGCUCCUCGGGACAGGGCCCGGCUCUUCUUACUCUGCUGAGAACUGACCAUGACUUCUGACAGCUCUCGCCGUGGAAGGAGGACGCGGCUGCGACUUGCUUUCAGCCAGCCAGGCCGGAGAAGCGGGGAUGGAUGUUCCCCAGAAGGACGAUGUUCUUCUUUUGGCUGAUGAAAAGUUUGACUUCGAUCUUUCAUUGUCUUCUUCAAGUGCAAAUGAAGAUGAUGAAGUCUUUUUUGGCCCUGUUGGACAUAAAGAAAGAUGUAUCGCUGCCAGCUUAGAAUUAAAUAAUCAAAUUCCUGAAGAACCUCUUUUGCCAGCGUCUGAAAGUCACUUCACUUGGAGUCCUCUCACUGGGGAAAAAUUUGUGGAAGUUUAUAAAGAAGCCCACUUACUGGCCUUACAGAUACAAAGCCACAGCAGAAACAAGGCAGCCCCAGCUGCCAGACAGGAAGACCCCGGGAGCCAGGGAGUGGAAGGAUUCAUACAAGAAUCACAAUUAAAAAUAAACCUCUUUGAGAAAGAAAAUGAAACAAAGAAAAGCCCAAAGUCACUUAAGAGGGAGACGUACUACCUGUCAGACAGCCCCUUGCGGGGUCUGUCACGCUCGGGCCCCCAGCCCACCUCGGCCGUGGCCCUGCAGGUGGCUCCUGCCCGGGGCAGCCUCACCCAGACGCAGGGGCCACCUCCCGCUCCGAGUUCUUCUUUGUCAGUGGAACCGAGUACUGCUCACCCUCCGAACCAGGCCGUGACUCAGAAGAAGGUCCCCAGCAAAUUGCCACCACCCCGCACCUCAUCUCUUAGAGGAAAAAGCAUCCCCUUGGCCGUAGAGAAGCCCGUGAAAGAGAAACCAGCCAGUCCUUCAAGGAUGAAGACCCUAAGUGAGAAGGAAUCCCACAGCCAUGUGCCCCCUGACAAGCCCAGUGCUGCCCGCGACGUCACCAGCCUGCCAGCUGGUGGGAGCCACCUGGCCCAAGGCAAGCGCUCGCUCCCUGUUCCAAACAAGCUGGGGCGGAAGAAGACCGUGCUGAAACUGCCUGGGUGUGCUGGCAGCCUCGCAGGGAAGGCCGCCUCCGCGGGGUCGGUUUCGGGUGUGACCUCCAGCGUGUGUGCCUCCCCAGCAGCCGGCAAAGCUAAAGCGAGUGACCUUCCAAGCAUUCCCGCAGACAGCUCCCGAGCAAACACCAGCCAGUCGGGCAGAACAGGACUCGCGGCACCGCGGUUGUCACUGCAGGCAGGCCCCGGGGGCGGGCCCUGCGGCCAAAGCCAGAGGCCCGCUGAGCUGCCCCGGGAGCCCACCAGGGCGGCUCUCACCCAACCCCAGACUCCAGAACGGGGAGGCCCCGGGCUGAGCUCCUGUAUCAGUUGGUCACACUCCUCCCAAAUGAACAAAACUGGGAGUGCAAGGAGGCGCGACUCCUGUCUGAACUCCAAGACAAAGGUCAUGCCUACCCCUACGCACCGAUUUAAAGUUCCUAAGUUUUCUACUGGUGAACCCCCGGACAGCGCAACGCCGAAGUCCUGCCGGGCGCAGAGGCCACAGUCCUGCACGUCGGUGGGGAGGAUUGUUCAUAGCACUCCUGUUAGACGGUCCUUGGGCCCAGCCUCGCAGAGCCUGGUAAGCAGCGUGUGGACCCCUGUGAGUACAAGACGCGUGUCAGCCCUGCCCACGCCUGCCGGCCGCCGACUCUCCAGCCUUCCCGUGCUGACCCCUAAGACCCUGCCCAGGGCCCUGGCUUCUCCCCUGCGUGUGUCUGCUCAGCGACUGUCUUCUGAGCCCCAGAAAAAAUCUGCAGUGAGAACCGCACCAGCAACAGAGAGCGCCCGCAGGGCUGCUCCCAGGGGCUCGGACUCGUCGCCGGAUGGGAGCCUUUCUCCCCCGUCCGCCGUGCCGCAGGCGCUUAACUUUUCUCCAGAAAAGAGUGAUCUUACUUUUUCAAAAAGUAUCGGCACAGAAGCAGCCCCGGCUGAGGCGCAGCCACCUGAGGACCCACCCCCCAGUGAGGCGGUUCUUGUGGACAUCGGGCUGGAUGGACUCGGCAUCGCCCCCAAAGCUGCAGGCACACCCCGGGGCGACCGCCCUCUCACCCGCUUCUGCGACGCUCCGGAGGCCAGCGUGGCCGUGCGUCCUGAAGGCAGACCCCUGGUCGACCUCCUGCUGAACACCCCCGACGCCAGCAGGAAGGCUGCGGCCAAGCCCCCCCACGAGGUGGCACAGCUGAUAGACCUGGCUUCUCCUCUGAUCCUGCUGAGUCCGGAGGCUGACAAAGAAAACGUGGACUCACCACUUCUCAAGUUCUGAGUAGAACGAAAUCCUUUACAGUUACAAGAACAGUCAGUCCUAAAGUGGUUUUCAACCCUUAGAAAUUAAUUUUCAGAGAAAUUGUAUUGGAAAAGUUGAAAAACAAAACAAAAGUCUCUGCACAGUUACUAUGCCUGGAUCGGGGGCUGUGGGACUGGGGGGGUGUUGGCCACCUGAGGUCACUGCUGGCCAACAGCCUCCCUCCUCACGGACCCACACGUGCUGGUGUGCCCGCUGAAGUUACUCCAGGUGAAGAACUUGUUGUGAAUCUUCUGUGUGUAAAAUAGCAAGUGACUAUUUUAAAAAUUAAGUUUGCAUGAAAAGGUGAAUAGCCUGGACUUAAGUUAAA